AUGAGAUCGGAGGUCUCUCCCCUCAGCUCCAGCCCUGCACCGCUUCCGAAAUUUUCCCCCGAGGUUCGCAAGUCGGCGGCAUCCUUCGGCGGCUGCCCGAAGAAGAGCGUGUGCUUCUCUGUCAAGGCGGCUUCUGAUCACCGGAGCCGGGCCCCGUUCCGCACGGUCGGGUGCCCGGAGCCGCCGUGGCUUGUUCUCCCUCCAUCGCCGCCAGAGAAUCCCUUCUCCGGGAAGGCCUGGCCGUCAGACCUUCAGAUAAGGGGCGUCGGGGGGACCGAGAUUCCCUUGUCCAUGCGCAUGGUCCAGAUGAAGAAGCGGCUGGCCGGCGCCGCCCCCGUCUGGACGAAUUUGGUUCAAGUGGUGGAGGGAGACGCGCCGGCGGGCGUGGUGGAAGUCCCUUUGGGGAAGGCCAUCUCGGCUCUGGUGUUCAUGAUCGGGGAGCUCCAGAGAUCGGUCAUGGCGGGCGCCGUGGACGAGGCAGUCCUCGAUAGGGUGUCAAGAGAAAGGAGGGAUUCAUUCGUUUGGCUGUUCUGGAGGGUCUUCUUCAGCUCGCCCGAUCUCGUCGUCUCCCUCCUCGUCCUUCUCGCCCGCUACGUGUCCUUCUCCGCCCAGAAGGCGAGCCACGUUGCUGCAACUGCAGCUAUCACCGACGCAAUCGCCGACGAGAAAUCCGAGAUCGUCGCGGCCUGCGCCGCCCUCAACGAGGAGCUCUCUGCGGAGCAUCAUUUCCAGGGGCGUGCGGCGGAGUCGGGCCCUGAACCGAACAGGAUUAGGGAAUACCUUAACUGGUUCGACAUCGGCGUCAAGGAGGGCAAUCUGGACCCUGUGCAGCACGAGGACGAGGAGAGCUGCAUCGACCGCAGGCGCAGGGUCUACGAGAGGACCAUCGCCGAGGGGGAAGUCAACUCCAUGAUCCUCUCCAACUACGCCCAGUUUUUGUACCGGAUCGCCAACGAUCACGACAGGUAAAUCAAUCGCGACGAACGAUCUUCACUGGCCUUGUUUCAACUGUUUUGUGGAAACGCUUCUCUGACCGGAGCUCUUGAUGUUCUCUCCCUUGUUGCAGAGCGGAGCAGUACUUCCAGUGGGCGGUGAUGGCCGAGCCACGGGACGCGGAGCCCAUGAGCCGCUACGCUACCUUCCUCUGGGAGGAGCGGGGAGACAUCAGCGGGGCCGAGGAGAUGUUCCUGGAGGCCAUCGAGACCGAGCCCUGGAACCACCACUACAGCAGCACCUACGCCUGGUUUUUGUGGAAGACAGGGGCGCUCGACACCUGCUACCCACUCUCUCUUCCUCCUUUUCCCGAAGCGUAG